AUGAAACGCAAGGAGCGAGAUGGUAAUGAGGAGGAGAGGGGGUUGUGUAGGAGGCGAGGUCCGAUUGCAGUUGAUCUGAAGAUUGCUAGAGUGACUAGAUUGCCUGCGACGCACCACCAAGACGCACGAGAGGAGGAGAGUAAGUUUGAUUCGCUCCCUUAUGAUCUAAAGAUGGCUAUAGUGAGUAGAUUGGAUGCCAAGUCUGUUAUCAAGUUCCGAUGCGUCUCAAAAUUUUGGUCUUCCAUCAUCCGAAGCAGAGGUUUCAUCGAUUCCUUCUUCUCAAAGCAGCAAGCGCAGAGGUUUAUAGUCGCUCUGGGUAACGGUUUAUCCAAUGAGCCUGAAGAGAAGCUCACCUUCUUCUUCUCGUUUGAGGAGCCUUCUUCUUCUUCUUCUUCUUCUUCUUUGGUACCAAACUUUGAGAUGGCAAUACCAGUGGGACUGAGUUCCAUCAGAGAGUCUUUCGCUUCUCUCCAUGGCUUUCUCACCGUUGGCGCUGGGGAGAUCAUUAUGGUCCCUACCACCUUGUCACCUAAGAUUCAACCCUUUUACAUUUUUUACUACAAUGUUAAAACCCAAACCCUCAGAAGAGUUAGGCUACUAGGCAUUGGAGACAAUAAAGAGUUUAGACGCUCUUAUGGAUUCUUAAAGCAGCGUUUUUGUCUUGUCCGUAUCGCACCUCAACAUGUCCACAGCAUUGCCUCUCUUUGA